AUGUACUACGCCCGCGCGUUCGAGCGCCUGCGGUGGCCAUCCAGCAGGAAUCACCGUUCCGGACCGCUGGGUCGCUACCCAGAUCGGAUUCCGCGCAGGGUCGGCCUGCGCAAGCUUCUGCGACACCCCUCGCCGCGACCACCGCACGCCCGUUCGGCCGGCUCACCUCAGCCGAGCUACUCGAGGGUCGCCGCCAAGGGUUGUGCUUCACCUGCGACGAGCCCUACACGCCCGGCCAUGCCUGCCCGCGACUCUUCUACCUGGAGGUUGCAGACUACAUUUCGGAGGACGCCUUCCCCGCCGACCUGGUCGCCGCAGCUGUCGAGAAGGUGUUUGACACUGGUUGAUCACCUCGAGGAGUUCCGCAAGCGCUUCCCCACCUUACAGCUCGAGGACGAGCUAGACUUGGGGUCUGAUCAUGUCUUCGUCAACACGGUCGCCGCCGCUGCCCGUCUCCACCUCCGCGCCGAUGACGUCCGCCCCGAUGACCACCAUCGGGCCCCCACGCUGUCGGGCCCGGUCACCACGGCGGGCUCCUCACCACCGCCGGCCCCCAUCACUUCCGCGCUGCCGCCAGCCGCCGUCUUCACGUCAGAACAUAUGACCAGUACGCUGCAACAGCUCGUGACGGGCGUCCAAGGGCUCCACAUGCACCAGUACCACCAGUACAUGGCAGGAGCGUACGGCCUUCCGCCGGCUGCGCCGAUCGCCACCUACGGCCACCCUGCGCCAUGGCUGUUUCCGGGCUCACCCGCAGGCGGCGGGCCCCCGCUGUUGCCAUUCCAGAUGGGGAACUCCAGCGGGCCACCACCAGCCGCCCCGGGCCUGUGGCAUCUGCCGCCGCCACCAUCGACGACGCCCCUCUGGCACCUGCAGCCGUUGCCGUUCCCGGCAGCCGCUGCCCCCGUCCAGCCCCCGCUGCACCCACCGGCGCAUCCACCGGCGCCGCCCCUGCCCAGCUCGGGGGUACCCUCACCGACCGGCCUCCCGAUCCAUCAGGUCGUGUUUCCACCCUCCUCGUCGCCACUUCCAGCGUGGGCGGCUGGGUCUUCGCCAUCGCCCGUCUACACCAUGGCCCCCGAACAGCCGACUCCGUUCCCGCAGUUCGGUGGGUCAUCCGGUUCCGCCGGUCCCUACCCGGAGUACUCCGACCAGGCGCCACCCGCGUCGCUGCUUCGGACCUCUGAGCCAGCUCGACACGGCGCUCCAUCCCAGACACCGUCGCGGUUCGCCAAGAUCGACUUCGCCACCUAUGACGGCACGGAGGACCCCCUCAACUGGCUCAACCAGUGUGACCAGUUCUUUCACGAGCAGCGCACCCUCGCAUCGGAGCGUACCUGGCUCGCCUCGUACCACCUCCGCGGCAAGGCACAGACCUGGUAUUGCGCCCUCGAGCAGAACGAGGGCCCCAUGCCCCCCUGGGAGCGCUUCCGCGAGCUCUGCCUCCUUCGCUUUGGGCCUCCGGUUCGCGGGAGCUGCCUAGCAGAGCUCGGCCGCCUUCCCUUCACCUCCACGGUGCAGGACUACACCGACCGAUUCCAGGCUCUGGCAUGCCAUGCGUCGGGUGUGACGGCGCAGCAGCGGGCCGACCUCUUUGUCGGUUGA